UGUUCUUCCUCAGAUAAACUUUGCAUUAUGAACACAGUGAGCGCUCUGUUCCAGAUAUCUUAUUGGCUGUGAGUAGUUUUAAAAACUGGGGUGCCACAUUUAUAUUGGUUUUGAAAGCAACGUACGUUAAGGGAUGGCACAAGAGACCAAUCGUCUUGUAGAUGACAGUAGGACGCUUGCGAAAGCAAAUGAAGAAUCGCAAACAAUCUCAAGAGAUAAUCAUGCAGUUAGUAAGAGGCUACAGAAAGAAUUAAUGUCUCUAAUGAUGAGUCCUGAUAAGACUGUGUCGGCAUUCCCUGAUGGUGAAAACUUAUUCAAGUGGAUUGGGACUAUAACAGGUCCUGUGGGAACGGUGUAUGAAGGUCUGGUGUACAAAUUAAACCUGGAAUUUCCCCAUAGCUACCCAUAUUCAGCCCCACUAGUGCGAUUUGCUACCCCAUGUUAUCAUCCAAAUGUCGAUCAGGCAGGAAAUAUCUGUUUGGAUAUUUUGAAGGAAAAAUGGUCAGCUCUGUAUGAUGUGCGCACAAUUCUACUCUCCAUUCAGUCUCUGCUUGGUGAACCAAACAACGAAUCUCCAUUGAAUGUCCAGGCAGCAGCCUUGUGGUCAAAUAAAGUUGAAUACAAACGUCAUCUGCAUAGUGAAUACCAAAAACAACGAAAGGGACAUUGAGAAUGAUAGGGGAUUAAUAUGUACCUCAAUUUAUAUUUGUGUUUACAUCAGGAGGUAGGAUUGGAUAUUAAAAUAUCAGCUGUAUCACACUCCUAGUUCUCAUUCUGUUAAGACUGCUUGGGGAGUUAAAGAGAAGACAGUCUGUAUUCACAGUAAGUUGGUAAAUGUUAGUGAAUAAUUUACCACAGUUUUGUCGUCUGAUUUGAACAUGAUCAUUUAACUAACAUUGAUAGGAAAAAUCUGCAGCAAAUACGUGCCUGUGUAAGCUUAUGCACAGCAUUGUUGGUUGGUGAUCCUGAGUUUCAUUCUGUGUGACAAUUUUUCUAGCUGCUGGUGUAAAGUUGUUGAUGUAUACACUUUUGAAGGGACAUAAUAUCUAAAUCUUGUAAAAAGUUGGUAGUUAUAUUUUUUAAUGAGCAGCUAUUUGUAGUGCACACUACCAAGAGAAAAUUGUCCUAGACUACUUCACAU